UUAAGCGCGUGUUUUGAAUGCUUGACAUUGACAUCGGAGCUAACACCAGAACCCUGACAGGUGACGGUGUAGUUCCUGAUUAACACGAUUCCGACUGCUUGUUAGCAGUCUUCUUCUUUAUCCUGGCCGGAUCUGGGUGUCGUGUACCUAAUUUUGCCUUCAGAUCUUGUUCUAUCUCCUGCCUAAACACCUAAACUGGUUCUCCCCGAACUCCAUCAUGUCAGCCCCGACAAAGCUCAUAUCUUGCUUUACAAAGCCCAAUCCAUUCUCAAAGAGGUUCUCAUCGCAAGUACAGAAUACAGAAAAACCAGCCCAGCAGUCGCUUGGCGGGACCACCUCUGAAACUCCAAAAGAUUAUGUCCAGGUCAGCGCUGCAAGAAAGAGAAUGUUUGUCAUGGCAGGCCUUUUCAAGAGCGCUGCUGAUUGCCCUGAUAAAAUGACGCUUAGUUCUAUGUCUAAGAACAUGGAUAGAUUUCGUGUGAGAGCAUCUUUGGUCAUCAUGGGUCUGAGUGCAUUGGGGGCCCUGUCGUCAAUUAUGCUUGCCAAGGGGGUUGUGGACGACUUUGAAGAGAAAAAACGAAAAGCCGCUUAAAAGUCUUUGUACAUUUUUUGUUGGAACAUUGUAAUUUGAUACUGAUUGUUUAAAUGGUGAUAUUGAUUUUAACACUUACCAAUUACCUGUCCCCUUGGCUUUAGUAUUCAUUAGCAAUAAAGACCGUUGUAUUUUA